AUAGACAAAAACAGGAUCAAUUUCCGUGUCUCGUGACUCGAAAAACCUUGAAGUCGGAAGCACAUUAAACGCAAACAGAGCGACUCCUCCCCCUCUGUAACAUUGCUUCUCGCUUCCUUCCUUGCGUCGCUUUCCUUUCUCGUUUACCAAUAAUUAAUAUAAACAAACCCCCCCGAAAGGCUUGUAUUGGAAAACCAUAGCCUUUGAUCUUCUUGAUCUUUGUCUCAAAGUGUUGGCCAGAAAAGGGAGGAGAAAAAUGCAUGCGAAAACGGAUUCUGAAGGGACGAGUAUUGAUGCGUCAUGGCCACCGAGGUCCCCUAGAAGGCCUGUUUACUACGUUCAGAGCCCUUCGAACCAUGACGUCGAGAAGAUGUCGUAUGGGUCGAGUCCCACGGCUUCACCAACGCACCAUUAUUACCAUUGCUCCCCCAUUCACCACUCCAGGGAGUCGUCUACGUCCAGGUUCUCGGCUUCGCUUAAGAACCCGAGGAGCCUUUCCGCUUGGAAGCAUGUGCAGAUUGGUCAUGGCGAUGAUGACGAUGACGAUGACGAUGAAAUGGACGGUCGCGAUGGACGCAGGGCUAACAACGUCAGGCUUUAUCUUUGCCUUGUUUUCUUGUUUUUCGUGCUGUUUGCGGUGUUUUCUUUGAUCUUGUGGGGUGCUAGCAGAAGUUACAAGCCUAAAGUCUUCGUCAGGCACAUAGUGUUCGAGAACUUCUAUUAUCAGGCAGGAAAUGAUCAAUCAGGGGUGCCAACAGAUAUGCUUUCACUAAAUUCAACGGUCAAGAUUUCAUACAGAAACCCAGCUACUUUCUAUGCUGUCCAUGUGACCUCUACCCCUUGGGAGCUUCACCAUUUCCAGCUCAAAAUUGCCUCUGGACAGAUGAAGAAGUUUACUCUAUCAAGAAAGAGUCAGCGGAAAGUGGUAACGAUUGUGCAAGGGAAUCAAGUGCCACUAUAUGGUGGGAUACCCGCUCUUGUGAACUCUAGAGAGCACUUGGAAGGCAUAGCAGUGCCCCUGAACCUGACAUUUGUGAUGAGGUCAAGGGCCUACAUUUUGGGCACAUUGGUAAAGACCAAGUUUUAUGGGAGAUUCAGGUGCUCUGUCACUCUUAGAGGAAACAAACUUGGGAAACCCCUUAACUUGACAGAUUCAUGUGAUUAUCAGUGAAUGCUGCACUCUUAUUUUCAGGUCAAAUCAUAUUAUGAGGCAUCUGAUAUUGCCAACCUGAGUUAUCACUUUUUGGCCUUUCGGAAUCUUUAUUUCCCAAGAUUUCCAAGAGCUGAAAAUUUGAAUUAAUGCUCCUUGAUGCACUAAGACUUGGAGGUAGAUGGUGGAACUCUGAGUAUAUAGAAUCUACACUUUUUGCAAUGUAAAUUUUUGUUUUGUUUCUAUUUCUGGAAGAAACCAAGAUGAAUUUUGUUCAAUUGUUAACUUUUCAUAGGCUCCUCUUUCUUUGCAAGUUUAUUGUUUACAGGUGUGGUUUAUUUGAUGUUUCUUGUUGUGAUCAGUUAGAUGUUCUUCUGUAUAUGGUUGAUAGACAUGAAGCUGUUUCUGCUUAGCCUUUAUCUGCUACUUGUUCCUUGUG